UUUACAAACAAAUCUCGCUCUCUCUUUGCCAGUUCCUUGCCAAACCUUUACCCGUCGUGUUCGAAUCGGUGCUUAUCGUAACGAAAAGUUAUCGGAUUUCCUAACGAUUAAUACAACCUUGGAAACUGCAUUCCCUCGCGUCGUGAACAACAAUUUUGCUCAAUCACUCCGCCUCGCGCCGCCAUGUCCGUCACGGAAAAGGACCUGUACCGGGACACUCCCGUGCGCUAUUUGGGUUACGCAAACGAAGUCGGCGAGGCGUUCCGGCCGAUCAUCAAGAAGAUUUUCGUACACGCCUCGUACGCGGUUUCGAUCGGUUACGUGCUGGCCGAUACGGCGGACAAAUCGCGAAAACAGUAUGCGAAACCGGAAGCCCUCGGUGGUGGGCCACGUGGGGCCGCAAUCGCAACCGGUGACACCCUGCUCUGGCAAAUGUUUGCCUCGGUGAUUAUUCCAGGGUUCACCAUUAAUCGAAUUUGUUGGAUCUCGAAAAAGGCUCUCUCGGCGGGAAAACUGAAGGGUCCGCUUCGCAAGUGGGGACCCACGGCGAUCGGACUGCUGGCCAUUCCGUUCAUCAUUCACCCGAUCGACCACGGAGUGGACUACGUGAUGGAUGAAACAUACCGAAAGUAUGUGAAGUAGUGUCUUCGAAGCACACUCAAACAGAUUGCCAAACAAAAGUAGUCAAUUAGUUUGCAGUUUUUGUUCUGUAUUGCUCUUUACAACUUGCACAGUUAGUCUCGAACGCAUAAAUGACAUUCUUUCAGGUAUUUUACCACUGUUGUAGCAAUAGAAAUUAGAAAUAUAUUUUAUUCGCGGGACGGAACAUGAUUUCGGAUGAAAAUCGCUGUGAUAAAGACCGAUUUUGCAGGUGUACUCUGGUGCUAGAAACACUUUCACGCGGAACAAUAAAUCACAACGUUGCUCUUACUGUUA